AUGAAGGAUCUGGAAAAGCACUAUUCGGCUAUGUCCAAACUCUACUAUGUCAUUGGAGGACAUGAUGGUGACGAUACACUAAAGUAUACCUUCAUCACCUCUCUGCCGAAUGAAAUACAACCUGAGGUCAACAAUAUGAUUGCGGCAACAAAGAGACCAGUCACCUCUAUUACACUUGGCGAAAUCUGGCAAUUCACACUCUCUUCCAUUAAGAGACUGUGUGAUCAACAAGAGUUAUUCAAAAGGUUAUCUCAAAGGGACUUGAUAGUCCAAAAGGCUUGCAACAAGAACCACCUCAAGACUAAGUGCAAAGCCGCCAACUGCGUCUGUUCAAAUCAUAAGAAGAAAUCUGGACAUCAUUUCCAGAAAUACACGCGCAGCAACAAGAAGUUCAGGAAAGAGAACCCAAAGAGAUUCAAAUACUUCCGUAAGAAACGGAAUCAAGGGUACAAGUCUGACAGAUGUUUCAUCUGCAAAAGAAAGGGACACUAUGCAAAAAAUUGUCGUAGGAAUCCAGAAAAGUCAGCAAAGACGAUUCAACAAGUCAGCAUGUCUUUAUCUCUUCCAGACUCUUUUGAAGCGGAGAUAGAAUCUCUACUUUCAGAGCAAGAGGAUCUUACCCCAGAAAGCUUGUUUGGGUUGGAAAUGGAGUUCUCAGACUCCACAGAGUCCUCACAAGAAUCUUCUUCAGACUCAGACAAUAGUGAGAUACCAAUCUUGAUGAUUGGUCUGCGCGAAGAAAGUCAGGAGAAUAUUCUGGAAGAUGUAAUACAAUAUCCUCUCUCUCCAACCCUACUGUCUUCUUUCUUUGUUUCUUCUCCACCUCCUGAAACUUUUUAA